AAAAGUUUUUUUUCUCUCUCUGGGUGUUGGAGUGGGAAGAAAGUUCCACAUCUUGGGUUUUUUUUUAUUGUGCUGAGUACAAGACCGAGGAGAGCAGGAGAUUCAGUGAGGAGAGCAGGGGACUUAGCUGCAGGCGAUAGAGAAAGAGAAACAGUAAGGGACUGCACCAGCAUUCCCUAAACUAGCGCUCAGUUCAAAAGGAUUGCAGCUUUCGGUUCCUGAAUACCCAGUGUGAGGGGAAUGCUGCUACCGUCAUUCUGUCAGGAUAAGUAGGUCUGCUUCUCAAACUUAAAAGGGGGCAUAGAGAGAGAGAGAGAGAGGGGGGAAGAAGAAGGAGGGAGAUUCAGAAAGUCAGUCAUUGCAGAUCCCCAGCACCAUGGCUUGUCGCUGGGCAGAGCACCGCUUCUUGCUUCAGGUGUUGACCUCCCUGGCGUUCGCUGGGCUCCAGGGCCAGUGCGAGAGGGCAGCGGGAGAUGCCAGCAAACCGCCUCGACCCAGUCACAUCUCGGCGCUGGGGCGAGCCGCUCAGGACACGGUGGGAGUGCACAUGCUGAAACUGUAUGAGAAGUACCAGCGAGAAGGGAACCGGCCAAGGGACGGCAACACGGUGCGGAGCUUCAAGGCGAGAGAGGAGAUUAUUGACCACCAGAUCCUGUAUUAUUUCAACUUGACUUCCAUCCAAGAGUCGGAACUGAUCCUGGUCGCUACCCUGCAUUUCUUCGUUCAGAAACGCUGGAGGAACCGGCACAUUUCCUGCAAAAACUCCAAGGACGCGCCGUGUCUCUCGCUGCACAAGAGCCAGCCGGUGGAGCUGAGUUUCACCAGCUCCUCGCCCUCUUCCCCUUGGGAGAAACUGCUGGGCAAUCUGACCGUGACACCCCAAAGGAGGGGGGCGUGGUGCCUGAAUGAUAUCUCCCAGAUUGUGAAAGGGGCCCGGAGACAGGACAGGCUCCUGCUCAGCGCCCAGCUCGACUUUGGGGAGAAGGUGCAGAGUCCCACCCCAGCCAGCCACCUACCCUACAUCUUGAUCUACGCCAAUGACUUGGCGAUUUCUGAGCCCAACAGCGUGGGCCUGACCCUGCAGCGGUACGGGCCGUUCCCCUCCAACGAGGAAGAAGCCAGUCCGUCUCCCAACGCCUCCAGGGACUCCCGGGUCCGGAGGGAAACCUACUUUUCCUCGCCUUCCCUGCAGAACAACGAACUGCCUGGGGUGGAGUACAGCCAGUACCACAAGCACGAUCUCUGGGGAAAUGCGGAGCGUUCCCUCAAGCCCAAGGUGGCCCGCAAGGAGAGGAGGCGGAAGGAACAGGAAGCCAGCAAACACCAGGUUCUGCGCUCCCAGGUCCUCAGCUUUGAUGAGAAAACCAUGCGGAAGGCCAGGAGGAGGCAGUGGAACGAGCCCAGGACCUGCUCCAGGAGAUAUCUGAAAGUAGACUUCGCUGACAUUGGCUGGAGCGAGUGGAUUAUAUCUCCCAAAUCCUUCGACGCCUAUUACUGCGCGGGUGCAUGUGAAUUCCCAAUGCCCAAGGUUGUUCGUCCUUCUAAUCAUGCAACAAUCCAAAGCAUUGUCAAGGCUGUUGGGAUUAUCCCAGGAAUUCCAGAACCCUGCUGUGUACCAGACAAAAUGAAUGCCUUAAGUGUUCUCUUCUUUGAUGAGAGCAAAAACGUGGUUUUAAAGGUGUAUCCCAACAUGUCAGUGGAAACCUGUGCCUGUAGAUAGAGUUAUUUAUCACAGCCAGGAAACAAAGUUAUAAAGACAGGAACUGUUUAAUACAGUCCGCUGUAUUGCUGCAUAACAAGUAAAAGCUGCAUUGUGUCAUUUUCACUUUAAGAACUUGAUACCAGUUCUGUCCCCUUCCCUCUGCAAACAUCAACAUGCUAAAUUAUGGCAUUGAGUAGCAAAGUGUAGAUGGGGUAAACAUCGGGCAUCAACAUGUGGAGAACUAUUAGCAACACAGAAAACCCCAAUCUCUGUUUACAGCACACAAAUGCAACCAUCAUCAGAUGAAGUAGUAUUUGGUCUUCCACAAUAUUCCCUUAUUCUAAAGGUAGCAGGACAGUUUGGUGCAAAUUGUGGUACUUAAGCUUUCGUGUGCUCUUAUAUGUAAAUUAAUAAUAAUACCAGCAAUGGCAGUCUAUUUAAGUGUAGAUUAUACUCUAUUCCUGAUCUUGAUGUAUUGUGUAUUGUGAGUUUAAAUCUUUAUUUGUCAUUUCACUUAUUUAAUACUUAUUUGUAUUCCUGGUAGCAAGGAUGAGGUUUCCUCUUUUUCUAAAGAACAAAAACAGUUAAAUAAUUAUAGGGCAACUGCCAGAAGCUCUUGUUGCUUUUUAACCUAAUGCCCAAUAAACUAAACAUUGGCAUAACUAUCUGAGAAGGGAAUGGUUAUUAAUUUUUUUUUAUAAUCAGAGGGACAUUGUGAUUAGCUGCAAACUCCUUGUAAAUUGUAUAAAGAACAUUAAUUUCAAAAUAGAUCAUUUUAAAUUAACAUAUAUCUGAUAUAUAACAGACAAUGUAAAAUGUACUAAGUCCUGAAUUAUGGUACUAAUUUUAAUAUCCACAAAGUUAAAAUAAUGAAGCUCCUGAAAAAAAUGAGAUAUUUAGACAAUCUUCUGUGAAGGUACUAAAGUUGAAGCAUUUGGGUUGGAUUUGUUAAAAUUACAAUUAUCACUAAAACAGCAAAACAAAAAGAAUACAUAAUUCUUUCCAUCCAAAUGUGAAGCUGCAAGGUAGAAUUGAAAAGGUCCAAGAAUAUGUUGUUAGUAAUGUAAUAUUUCUAAAUAUAUGUUGUAAAAUGUGCACAGUACCCAGAGGUUACAUUUUAUAAUCUGCAGUGUAACAUUAAUAGUAUUUCAGAAAUUAAAGGUUCAAAUUGUAA